GAGCCUCAGUAGCCGCUUGUACGUCGACCGGAAGAGCUCUUUGUCGUCACGUCAUCCUGAGACGCGCGGCGCGCCAUCGGCGACGAGGGAUCGUCGUAUCGCGUACGGCCACGCUAAACGUCUACGUUUACGCGCUGAUUUAACCAGCCACCCGCGCGUUCAACCGCGACCGAUAAGUUUCUCUCGGGCCCAAGGAUUUCGUUUCUCGUAAGGCCCACGAGUUUCGACAAGGAUUUCACCCGACCAAAGAAUUUCAAAAAUUCAGUGAAGUGUUUUUGGUGAAUGGAUCGACAGUUUGGUGCGACGAUCGAAGGAACCGGAUGUCCUGAGAUGAACGCGAAGCUGUGAUCCGCGAACGGGGCGCGUAUGUGUGUGUAAUCGCUGUAACAGAACACAGGAGACAUCAUGAGAAGUGUCGCAAGACAUCGAGAAGCGCGUCCUACCCUCACCGUGUCGCUUUUCAUCCUGCUCGCCGUUUUCGUGACCGGCGUUCGUGGACUUAGCAAUGUCUCCAUCGAUAUUCCAUUGGCCGUAGCAGCUGGCACGACCGUCAAUAUGAGCUGCAGAUACGAUCUUCAAUCGGACACUUUGUAUACAGUCAAAUGGUACAAGGGUUCCGAAUUUUUUCGUUACGUACCCAAAGAGAUGCCAUCGAUCGCUGUUUUCGGGGAUUUGGGUACCAAGGUUGAUACAAAUCGAAGCGACGCCCACCGUGUAGUUAUAAAGGAUGUACAGCCAAAUUAUAGUGGCAAAUACCGUUGCGAGGUCUCCGGUGAUUUGCCUACGUUCACUACUCUAAGAGUUUCUGGUUACAUGCACGUGGCCAAUCUUCCGAAGGGCAAGCCCCAAGUGAAAGUCGAGAAGAAUCGAUACGCGGUUGGCGACACUGUGCGUGGAAAUUGCACUGUUCCUGCGGGGAAUCCACCAGCGAAUGUGACGUGGACUGUCAAUGGGGUACCGGUGAACGCCAGCUUCAUGAUAAAUGCGACGGACAAGUUUGGUGACAAUCAGCAGCUAAUGACUAUCGCCGGCCUGGAUUUCGAGAUUAUACCAGACAGCUUCAGCAAAGGCGAAUUACACGUGAUCUGUCAUGCUAACGUCUUUCAUUUGUAUAAAGAACAGGAUGGCGUUCGACUGAACGAGGAACGUCCACGUUUGGCAUCUGUACUAGGAACUCGGGAAUCUUCCUAUACUGGGAGCGCAAUGAAACACAUGGAGGGAUGGUUCUACUUCAAUGUCGCAGUCACGCUGUUCCUGUGCAAUCUGAGAUAACAUCGAUGAACUGGACAUUGACAUUUUAUGGAUAUGAUUGUAUCGGAAUGGAGAGGGCAAAUUGUUUGUAAAAUUUUGAAAUUAUUAAGUGCAACGAAGGAGAGGAGAAAAAUCUUUCGUUAACAUAAAUAUCGAUCGUAUGUUAUUCGUGUAAAUAGGAUAAAAAUUUAGCGAAUUAUCUACAUGUAAUUGCGCAUCUGAGCUGCCCCGUUGCAGCCGGAUGAAUUUAUAAUCUGAAUAACAUGUCAUAAUAUUAUGUAUUAGAUUGAAGGUAAAUCGCGUCAGAUAUCCGGGAAUUUAUUUCAAUGAUAUUAUACCGUGUUUUCUAUCCUCUGACAAUGAUUUUGAUACCUCUUCUGUAACACUAUAGCUAACGAAAUGUAUCUCACGACGUUUCGAGGUAAAAGCUGUUAUUAUUUAUGAAUGAAGUUUUAUUUUAGUGAGAAACAAAUAAAUAAUUCACCUUCGUUACUUCCGGUGUC